AUGAGUGUGUUUGACAAUGUGGCUUUCGGUCUGAAAAUGGCCGGGGUGGAUGUGCAAGACAUCGCGGUACGGGUGGCGGAUGCACUGGCGAUUGUGCGUUUGUCGGAGUUUGCGACUCGCAAGCCGCACCAGCUUUCCGGCGGGCAGAAACAGCGGGUAGCGAUUGCGCGUGCGAUGGUGAAUCGCCCGAAAAUUCUGUUGCUGGAUGAAUCUUUGAGCGCACUGGAUCAUAAGCUUCGUCAACAGAUGCAGCUUGAACUCAAGCAAUUGCAGCGCCAGUUAGGUAUUACCUUUGUUUACGUGACCCACGAUCAGGAAGAGGCUUUGUCGAUGUCUGAUCGUAUUCUGGUCAUGCACAAUGGGCAGGCGCAACAGGUUGGGACACCUCGCGAAAUUUAUGAGUCCCCCCGUAACUUAUUCGUGGCGCAAUUUAUCGGUGAAAUCAAUGUGUUUGACGGGGAAAUCCUGCGUGAAUUGGGCGAAUACCAGUAUGAGGCCAGCAUUAAUGGUGUUGAGCGCGAAAUCCGCUGUGAUCACCGUUUUGCGACGGGAGACAAGGUGCAUGUGAUGUUGCGCCCGGAAGAUUUGCGCAUUGAUUGCCGCCCGGAUGUGCAAGCACGCAAAGGUUUUCCCGGCAUUGUGCUGGAGCGCAAUUACACCGGACAAACCCUGAAUUCACAUAUUCGGCUGGAAAACGGGCAGGCGGUCAUGGCACAUGAGUUUUUUGACGAAGAUGACCCGGAUUUCGAUUACAGCAUUAAUCAGAAAGUGGGGGUGGAUUGGGUUCCGGGUUGGGAGCAUGUGAUCCCAGCGGAAAGGCCGGGUAAGUCAUGA